CUACAAGCUGAGCUUUUCAAUAAUGUUGUGAUUAUUUUGGUACUCGAAGUGGGGUAUUCCCGCCACACUUUCAAAUUCAAAACGCGCAAGUCUACCAAAUGCGCAAGCGCACCAAAACCAACCCCAAAAUUGUGUAAUGUCCAAAAUUGCAAAACCCGCCCUUAGCUUGAAACACUUUAUCUUGAAACAAGAAGUUAAGAAUCUUUACAGGAAAAUCUUCAGGGCUAUACGGCAAGUGCCCGAUCAGGGGCACCAGCAGGAGCUGAAGGAAUGGGCAAGACGUGAUUUCAGGAGCAACGCUCAUCACACGGAUGAGAUAACUAUUAAAAUGUACAUCAAGUACGGGGAAAGGUGUUUAAAGGAACUGGAAAAUACCAUUUCUUUGGCAAAAUAGGUUGUGAUUGAAAUGAAUACACUUGUUAGAUAAAAAACGGUUUUAUUCAACAAUUUAAUUAAGUCUAGUCCAUAUGACAAUAACGCAGUGAAUCACUAACAAGAGUGUGAAAGAAGCGGUCACAACGCCUGAAAUAAUCUUGAUAUGAGUGGUCCUCAAAUGACUCGCGAAUAUUAUGUGGAACAAAGUGUUCGUUAUGUGCUGGCCGUCCAUAAACAGACAGGGCAAGAUAUUAACUAGAGCCAGCCCCAUUGAAAACAUAGCUAAAUACCCUAGAAAUUUGGUAGUAACAUCGGGAAUUCGCGUCCCUAAAAACGAAUAUUUUGGGACGUAUGAGGACACCGUCACUGUCCUCACAAGAUCAGACACGGGCCCAAUGUAGAUAACGUCGUUUUUGUUGACUCGCUUGAUUUUAAACAAAUUCGUGUUAUUCGUUAAAAUCGGUCUGAAACAAUAAGUAUCUUUGGGGCAAACAUGGGGGUCAGAUAUGCAGAAAUUUGUCGAGGCUUCGAUCGCAGGUCUUCCAGGCAAACAGGCGUAAGGGGGCAGCUCCAAAAUGCUGUCUUUACUAUCCAAGUACUCAAAACACAAUUUGCCUUUAUUCUCUGAAUGGCAGCAGCUUACAAUCCCACUUUCGGAGUGUUUCAAAUGAACGCUCUCAUCCAGAUCGCGCACAACGUCGCCCUCAAUACAAAACGCGGGCUUUUUUGUGCGUAAAGCCACUAAACAUUUGUACCACGCAUUUUCAUCGUCCACCUCACAAUCAUUAAUUUUCAAAAUUAAAUCGCCAACAUUUAAACCCCUAUUUCCGAAAAUUGGCGAUUUUGCCUCAAAUUCCGUUACCACAACUCCUUUACCAAAGUUGAAAAACGGUGAAAAAACGGACGGUAGAGAAGUGUAGAGUAAGUAAGCUACGAGUGCAAUUAGCAAGUUGUGCCAAACUCCGGCGCACAAAAUCUUGAGUCUUUUCCAAGGAUUUAGAGAAAAUAAUUUGUCGGAAUUUAAGUUAACGUAAGCCACUGGCAAAAUAAAAAUUACGUUGGCGCCCACAUUGAUCACAUUUACGUCUUCUUGCACAGCCCCUAACGCAUGGCCUAGCUCGUGCAAAACCGAACUGAUUAGCAAAGUUAAACUGUAGUAACCCAUUUCGGAUGCUGGAAGGUUUAUUCCCGGGACUACCGGCUGAAUUAUGCUUUCCUCGCCACUUGCCGAAGACAAAAAGUUUUGGAAGAAAGCCACUAACAAUAGGUAGAUCGAAGCAGGCAGCAAAACUAAACUCACACAUAGCCCCAAAUUAAACCACAAAUUAAGAAAUUUCGUGUUGUGACUGCCCCACUUAAGCAGCAAUUUAUUAAAGGCUGUCGUGGUCCACGAAAACUGGAACAAUUUGAUCUCCAGGCCCGUUCCUUUAAGAAAUUGGAUGUAUCCGUAAUGAGAACAUGACUAAAA